AUGUCUACCACCGUGAAAGGGACUGCAACGAAUGAAAGAGUCCGUUCCAGACGCCAGAGCUCCCUCGACGAGAGCACCAUUCAAUAUCUCGAGAAGCGUCUGGAACAGCGCCCCGAUAAGCAAGAGCUUCAGGGUCGUAACAUCCUCAAAGAAGACAACGUCGCGCCGGCGUUGCAAGCUGCGAAGGAGCGGCUGCAGCGGUCGCAGCUCGAGGAUAAACUAGACCACGCGCUCCAGCAGAGACCCAAGCCGGAGGAGCUGGUGAAGGAAGGCAUUCUGAAAGAGGAUGAAGCACCCGGAGUAUGA